CAUGGUUGAUGACAUUUCAAAACACUCUACAAGUGUUGAAAGAUCUAUAAAAAGACUUUUGAAAGCGAAUAAAGCACAUAGAAAACAGAUUGCGCAACAACUAAUGGGACAAGAUGAAAAAAUUAUUGCUGCAAUUUUCUCGUCAGAGGAUAAAAGUGAUAGGAAAGAAUUGAUGUUAUUACGCAAUAAGCCUUUAGAAUAUGUCGCAACUUAUUUAGAUAAUAAAGCUUUCCAUUUUCAAAAAGAGCUUGACAAAUUACGAUAUGAAAGGAAAAAGAUUGAAAAGAAAAUCAAAAGAACAAGAGAACAAUUACUUAUAUAUGAUCACUGGUUGAAUAGAAGAAUGGAUAGAAAAGGGAAAGAAAAGACUAUUCGAAUUUUUGAGAAUCAAUUUGAAAAAGUCCGACUAAAAACUGAAACUGCAGAAUCGAUUGGCAAUAAAUACGAACAAGUUAUUGGAUGCUUACAAGAGGAUUUCCAUACCAUGCCAAAACGAUUAGAACGUCUGGAAAAGUCACUAAGAGAGUAUAAAAUAGAAGCAAGACAAAUGCUAGAAACAAAAGUAAAAGCUCUUCGCUUACGAAACGAGGCCAAGGAUGAACUUAACAAGCUUGAAAAAGUAACUUUUGAAGAGAGACAAGAAAAGGAAAAUGAAUUACUACUCACUAAAACAGAUAUGGAAAACAGGCGCAAAGAAGCGCAAGAGAUUCGAGAUAAAAGGAUAUUAAAGUCUUCUCCUGCUUUCGGUAAUGAUUUAAAUACCGAUAGGUCUGAUAUCAAAAGGAGAGAGAUGCAAGACUUAAAAGAGAAGCUAGAAAACUAUGAAACAACAAUUCGACAACUACAGAAUUCUACAAGAGUUACAGAUUUACAGAAAGUCGUUGAAAGAAUUAUUAUACAGAAAGAAGUUACUAAAUUACUUGAACGUCAGAAAGAGGACGCCGAGAGGCAGCGCAAUUACUAUUUGUCACUUAGAGAUGACGCUCUAGAACAGCUUAUGGAAGCUAGAUAUUCAACGGAAGUAGGUAUGACCGAUUGGAGGGAUUCCGUGGAAAAAAUGCAAGUGUACGUUAAAAACGCUAAAUCAUCUUUGAAAGAGAGAAAGACGGAAUUGGGAAAACAGGCAAAAAUUUUACAAACUGUCAGAAAAGGAGUAAUUAGUAUUUUAGAAAGGACAAAUGCAACUCCUACUUUAAUGAGAAAAAGUACACAUGAUUUAGCCGAAAGUCUCAAGCAAUGCUGUAGAAAACUUAGAACAAUGCAGACGUUUAUUGACCACUACUCAAAUAGCUCAGACUGUCAAAAACAAUUCGAAACAGGUGAAUUUUAUGACUUCAUUAAGAAAACAUUACCUGAUAAAAACAUCCAAUCGUCAACCACUAAAAGUCCAUUUAUGGACGAUUUUUACGAAAGUGAGGAUAAUGAAGAUGUUUUAACAAGAGAGGAUGUGAAAACUGUAACAACUGAUAUUUUAAAUUCUUUAAUGAAUAAAAAAAAAGGAAACAAGUCGACUAAAAAGCACUAUCAACAAGCUAUUCGUCGUAGUAAGGAGUGGAGACUAAUCGACUAUUAUGAAAUUUCUUAUAAAGAUAUUAACUUCGAUGGUAUCUUUGGUCUAAGAGUACUAGAAGGUGGUUUAAAGCUACAAGUUUUAAAUUAUGCUAAAGGAGAUAUUGAAAUCUCAGAAAAAAAUUUAGCUAUUAUAAAAGAACUAUCAGAAAAGGCUGAAAAACUCUCAACUUUGGCAAUCAAUGUUUUAAAAACUGCUAAGGAUAAGAGUUAUGAAAGACUAUCACCACUAAUCAAAACAGAAUGGAAAGGAUUUGGUGAUCAUAAAGAGUUAGAUUUCAACUUGUUAUGGCCAGAUAAUUUUCCAGAAUUCGCGAACAAUUGCGAUAAAAAAUUGUAUACGAAAUAG